CCCAUUAUCCUCCAUAGCCAAAACACAAAGCAAUUUCCCUUUUCUUUUCUGUUGUUAUUUUAUUCACAGAAGUAGUAGGCAGAGAUCAUCACUUUCAGAAAGAGAAAACAAAAGAAAGCAUAGAAAUCCGUAACGUUUUCCACCAAAUAUCUGCUCUCCCCCCCCCCCACACAUAAAGUUUGGAUAACUGUGAAGGUUCAGAGUUCUGACUCAAACCAGCUCUGCCUUAUCUCUUGUCUCACUGUUUUAGUAAAGCCACACCAUUCUUCUUCAGUAACCAUGUUAGAAAAGAUGGAAAUUCUGGACGUUGAGAAAGUGAUAAAAGAAUUCGAAGCGAUGACCAAAGAUGCGGAGAAUGUUCAAAGGGAGACUUUAAAGAAGAUUUUAGAAGAAAAUGGAAGCGCCGAGUAUUUGCAGAAUCUGGGUCUCAAUGGCAGAACUGACCCUGAAAGCUUCAAGGCUUGUGUUCCUCUAGUCACUCACAAUGACUUGGAGCCUUUCAUUCAGAGAAUCGCUGAUGGUCCUUCUGCCCCGAUUCUCACCCGAAAACUAAUCACCAACAUAUCUCUCAGCUCUGGCACCACUCAAGGAAAACCCAAGUUCGUGCCUUUCAAUGAUGAAUUGAUGGAAACUACUUUGCGGAUAUUCCGUACUUCUUAUGCUUUUAGAAACAGGGAAUUCCCUAUUAACAACGGAAAGGCUUUGCAGUUCAUUUAUAGUAGUAAGCCGAGUAGAACCAAAGGGGGUUUGUUCGCCGGAACUGCGACGACGAAUGUGUUCCGCAAUUCGCUGUUUAAAAACGCGAUGAGAGGGAUGCAAUCUCAGUGUUGCAGCCCUGAUGAGGUGAUAUUUGCUCCAGAUUUUCACCAAUCCUUGUACUGUCAUCUUUUAUGUGGCCUGAUCUCCCGUGAGGAAAUUCAGUUGGUUUCCUCUACCUUUGCGCAUAGUAUUGUUCAUGCGUUUCGAACUUUUGAACAAGUGUGGGAAGAGCUUUGUGCUGAUAUUAGAGAUGGGGUCCUCACGAGCCGCAUCACCUUCCCUUCGGUUCGAUCGGCUAUGGCCAAAAUGCUGAAGCCGAAUCCUGAAUUGGCUGAUUUGAUUCACAGGAAAUGUUCUGGAUUGAGUAAUUGGUACGGAUUGAUACCAGAGCUUUUCCCUAAUGUCAAAUACAUCUAUGGGAUCAUGACUGGGUCCAUGGAGCCUUAUCUGAAAAAAUUAAGGCAUUAUGCAGGAGAUGUGCCUCUUGUAAGUGCUGAUUAUGGUUCUUCUGAGGGAUGGAUCGGAGCAAAUGUCAAUCCGAAAGUGCCUGCAGAGUCAACUACGUAUGCCGUUCUUCCGAAUAUUGGGUAUUUUGAGUUCAUUCCCCUGAAAGAGGAUGCUGAAGAGCAAGUCCAAGACAAAGUUGGUGCUAGUUUCAUCUCUAUGGAGCCCAAACCAGUGGGUCUGACUGAAGUUAAGGUCGGUGAAGAGUAUGAAGUUAUUGUCACAAGUGUUGCAGGUUUGUACAGGUACCGGCUAGGGGAUGUUGUCAAGGUAAUGGGGUUCCAUAACUCGACCCCGGAGUUGAAAUUUAUAUGCAGAAGGAAUCUGAUGCUCACCGUAAACAUCGACAAGAACACCGAGAACGAUCUGCAGCUAGCGGUGGAAGAAGCAGCCAAGCUAAUUUCCGAGGAGAAGCUCGAAGUGAUUGAUUUCUCUAGCCAUGUCGACUUAUGGACGGACCCCGGUCACUAUGUGAUAUUCUGGGAAAUCAGUGGGGAAGUAAGCGACCAAGUGCUGAAAGAAUGCUGCAAUUGUUUGGAUCGUUCUUUUGUCGAUGCAGGGUAUGUUAGUUCCCGGAAGGUGAAUGCGAUCGGUCCGCUUGAGCUCCGAGUUCUUCGGAGUGGAACGUUUCAGAAUAUACUGGACCAUUAUUUAGGGUUAGGUGCUGCUGUUAGCCAGUUUAAAACACCACGAUGCGUAGGGCCUACGAACCAGAAAGUGUUGCAAAUCUUGUGCGGCAAUGUGGUCAAGAGCUACUUUAGUACUGCUUUCUAGCUGUUGUUAAAUAUUCCCCACAUUAAACUAAUCUUUAUAUAAUAAAAUCGAAUGUGUUCAUUGGCUGUCACAUGUAUAA